AUGCGCCAACCUUUUUCAUUUGGAAGCUUAGAGACUUCUGAUUUCUAUCCUCCAACACUUAUUAUGGAACAAAACAAUCCAUAUAAGCAAGAAGUUGAAUUUGUGCAAGUACUUCAACGCCCAAUCGAACCUGGAGAUGAAAUUUUUUCCCAGAGUUUAUCAGCAUUAGGAGUUCCUCAUCAAGGGCUUUUAGUUACUACUGUGGGAACUACUAGUGGUGACUACGAUGACGGAACUAACCAAUAUUUUAUUGACCAGGUGAGUCUUCAUACGGCCAAUCCAAACACUACAGUCGAAGAUAUCUUCGAAUCCGCCGGCGGGAAUACACCGUAUAACUUAUUUACGGCGAACUGCAUUCAAUCCUGUUCCAGAGCUGUUGGUACUAGUGGUGAACCAUUAAUUCCUAAUGCCCGUGAAUACAACGAAAACCCAUAUUUUGAUGAAAGACCACCCAUAAGAUCCGCUUCAUACAUGGGCGGUUCGUAUGACACUGACGAAGGUUACAAGGAUAAUUCAAAAGAUUAUAAACCGAAAUAG